AGAACUCUCUAGGUUUCCACCGAAGCUUCUGUUUCCCACGCCUUCUCUCUGUCUGUGUCUCGACGCGCUAUUCAACAUUGGAUUUUACGCUUUACUCUUCGAAAAAUUCCUCAUCGAUUCUCGCGUCCGCUUCUAAUUUCCAUGUCGAAGAUGAGCCGACAUCCAUCUACAAAAUGGGCACAAAGUUCUGACACAAUUUAUAUUACAAUUGAACUGCCGGAUGCAAAGGAUGUUAAGCUCACAUUGCAGCCAGAAGGUCGUUUCUACUUCUCUGCAACUAGUGGAGCAGAGAACAUUCCGUAUGAGCUUGAUUUCGAGUUGUUCGACAAGGUUAAUGUCGAUGAGAGUAAAACAGCUGUUGGCUUGAGGACCAUAUACUACCUCAUCAAGAAAGCUGAUAAGAAAUGGUGGAGCAGGCUGUUAAAGCAGGGAGGGAAGCCUCCUGUCUAUUUGAAAGUCGAUUGGGACAAGUGGAUUGAUGAGGAAGAUGAGAAGGAAAAUAAAUCCGAGGGCAUGAAUUUUGAUGGCAUGGACUUCUCGAACUUGAAUAUGGGUGGGGUUGACGAUGAGCUUGAUGGUGAUGAAGAUGAUGAUGAUGAGUUCGCACAUCCUGCCGACGAGGAUGGGGAGGAUGAUGUUGAUGAUGCCGAGGAAGCCAAGCCAAAUGGAGAACAAACUGCAGCUACCAGUGAACCUGAAAGCAAAGCAUGACUAACAUAUCUAGCAGCCUUGUGAUUUUAUUUAGACCUCUUCGCUUAUCGUCUUCGUUUCUAAGUAUGUCUUUCGCUAAACUCCUGCGGUCGAGGAUAAUCAUGUCUUUCGCUAAACUCAUGUAGUUGAGGAUGUGCAAAUGUGGUAUCUUGAAUUGA